UUUUAUGAUAAAACUUUUUUAUCGUAGUGAUAGUAUAUAUAGUACUGUUUUAUAAGAGACGAAUUUCGCCCCAAAUCGUAUUCGGAGUUGGCAGCACCCUCUCAGAUUACAAUGAAACUUUCUGGGUAUGUACACCAAGACUAGAUAAGCCACUUUGCAUACUUAGUUUCUUCAAAAUUUAUCUGGACUGACUUUUGAAAAGGACUAAACUUUUUUUUAUGGAUUUUUUUAAAAUGUUUUUAAUCAAAAAAUGACUACUCCUACAAAAAAGUGUUGUAUGGGUGAUGAUCACAAAAUAAGUCAAAUUUUAAGAAAAAAAUCCAAAAUGAGCCCAACACUGAAAAAAAUCAUUUCUAAAAAUUCAAAGUUGAUUUAAAAAAAACACCAUUUUUGAUUUUGAUGAAAUUUUGUCUCAAGACAGGUAAUUAUGUUCCCUACCAACCGUCCAUACAUCACAAGAUGGGCACUUUUAAGGAAAAAAAGUAUUUCUAACAAAAACUUUUUCAUGUCCAAAUUAUUAUUUUUUCAGUGUCUUUUUUUUAAAACAAACUAAACCAGUGAAGGUUAUCUAGUAAUCUCAAAAUGCAAUGAAACUUAUUGUGUCAUAUGCGACAAUGCAAUGCACCCAUAUUCACGCAGCAGUACUCUAGAAGUACGAAACAAUAUACAAUUAGAACACGCAUUUCAUACGUGCUGCUGUAAUUUCUACCCAAACGUUUCUACCCCAUGUUCUUACCUAAUAUAAGGUAAGGCUAUUUAUUAGAUUCGAACUACCUAAUCGAAAAAAAAAAAACAAAUCAAGAGUUGUACCUAAAGCAAAUAUGAACAAAACAAGAAAAUGAAUCGGUAUCAUUCAACGUGUUACUUCUCUUUGGUUAUUAAAGGCAGUUCUGAAAAGUAAUGGAUCAAUCGUAUAAAUCAAAAUUCAAGUGCAGUGCAAAAAUAAACAAUCCAAAGUGCAACCGUCAUAAUCUACGGGGCAUGUCAUUAAGAUUGAUAGAUAAAAUUCAUUCCAUGGGAUAUACACAUGAAAUCGACGAAUCGAUGAGUAUUUGUGAGUCAUGUCGUGGAUUGAUAAGUCACAACAGAAGCCCGAAUACGAAAAAACGCCGAUCGGAUGGAAACGACGAAACUAUGCAACCAUCAUUUAGUGGGUAGCAACAUCAUGAUGUUCCAGAACCAGAACCGUCAACGAGUGGUCAACAAAUCGAACAUGAGCUGGAUAUGGUACCAUCUAUUCCAUCAUUGGAGUCAAUUCCGUCAACAGAUCAACUACAGGGUCCCCAUAAUAUUGAGAAGUUUAAUACCAUUGCUGAAACAUUGAGUUUAUCGCCAAUCUCAUCUAGAAACAUGAGAAGUAUGGAAUAUCGCAUAAACAAAUCAUUGCAGAUUACGAAAGCAGUUCGAAAAAAUAUCUUCGGAAUAGAUUCAACGGAUGUUGGCAAAGUGGAGGCGUAUGACGAGAUAAUUAUGCAGUUAAAGGAUAAGUUCAAUCACCCUACAACUGACAGAAGCGAACAGAUUAAAAUACUAUCUGUACUUCCUAAGUCUUGGUCGGUAAAUAAAAUCACAAGAGAGUUUAACGCACCAAUGUAUAUGGCGAGGCAGGUGAAGGAUCUUGUUUAUGAACAGGGUAUUCUUUGUACCACCGAAAAAAGAAGAGAUUAUAUUUCAGCAGUGGUUGAAUACUGAUCGCUGUAAUUUAGAAACGAUUAUUAAACCUGUUGAUGAAUUUGUUCCGUAUCUUGUUGAUAAAAUUGACAAACUUAUAACACACGACUUUAUUCAUAAACAACAAUCAUCAUUUCUCAGAAAUAAAAAAGAUACAUUAAAGGAUGAUGAAAUUCUUGCGAUUUGUGAUUUCUCUGAAAACUAUUCAUUCAUAAUUCAAAACGCUGCUCAAGGAUAUCAUUGGAACAACUCGCAAGCAACAAUACACCCAUUUGAAAUUUACUAUAUGAAAGAUAAUAAACUUGUAAAUGUUAGCUUCAUUAUCAUAUCGGAAGUAAUGGCUCACGAUACAGUUGCGGUCCAGUUGUUCAUCUCAAAAAUGAUAGAUUUUAUGAAACAAUUAACGAACUUUUCUAAAAUUUAUUUUAUGUCUGAUGGGGCAGCAUCACAAUACAAAAAUAAGAAGAACUUUGCAAGUCUAUGUAGAUUCCAGUCAAAGCAUGCAUUAAGAGCAGAAUGGCAUUUUUUUUUUGCAACGUCCCACGGUAAAGGUCCAUGUGAUGCUAUUGGUGGCACUCUCAAGCGAAUGGCAAAGAGAGCAAGUCUUGCUCGAGAUUAUGGAAAUACCAUAACAACUCCACGAGAGUUAUAUAACUGGGCAGUUGUACAUACAGAUAAAAAUAUAACUAAAUUAAAUUUCUGUUACGUAUCCACUGAACAGUACAUUAAAAUGUCAGAAGAUCUCGAAGAAAUAUAUAAUAACGCCAAAACAAUACCAGGCACUCAGAAGUUCCAUAGUUUUUUGCCUAUUCCUGGCGACAAAGUAAAGGCAAACAGGUAUUCUAAUUCAGAAGAUGAACCAAAAAUAUUUAGUAUGAUCGGAAAAAAAUAGAAAAGAACAUGUUUGAAAUUGGCUCUAAGACACAUAUAUAUAUAAUUGAAAAAUUCAUAAUUAUAAAUAAUUGUAUAUUUAAAAGUGCACUUCAAUACAUAUUGCGAUCAAACAUUACAUUUUCUAAGAAAAUACAUUUGUAAAAUUUUGAAGUUUUUUAUGUAUAGGAAAACCCUUCCAAAUGAUUGAAUAAAUAACACAAAAUCUCCUAGAAAAUAGAGUUUCAUUGGAUUCUGGGAUUGUUAUGGCCUUCACUGGUUUUAUUGUUGAUAACAAAAUACACUGAAAAAAAAAUCAUUCGAACAAGAAAAAGUUUUUGUUAGAAAUACUUUUUUUCCUUAAAAGUGUCCAUCUUGUGAUGUAUGGACGGUUGGUAGGGAACAUAAUUACCUGUCUUGAGACAAAAUUUCAUCAAAAUCAAAAAUGGUGUUUUUUUUUUAAAUCAACUUUGAAUUUUUAGAAAUGAUUUUUUUCAGUGUAGGGCUCAUUUUGGAUUUUUUUCUUAAAAUUUGACUUAUUUUGUGAUAAUCACCCAUACAACACUUUUUUGUAGGAGUAGUCAUUUUUUGAUUAAAAACAUUUUUAAAAAAUCCAUAAAAAAAGUUUAGCCCUUUUCAAAAGUCAGUCGAGAAAAAAAAUUAGAAAAAUGAGUAUGCAAAGUGGCUUAUCUGGGCAAGGUAUACACACCAAGAUAGUUUCGUUGUAAUCUGAGAGGGUGCUGCCAACAUU